AUGAGGUCGUUUUCAUUGCUGGCAAGCUGUCUGGCAGCGCUCUCAAGCUUCGUCGCUGCCGAAUUGAACUUGUCCCAACCGCUCGUGUCGAAGCAAGUGUUGUCUGGGACCUUCAAACCACCACAAGUGUUCAAGAACACCAAUCUAGUCCGGACGACGAACUUGGACAAAUUCUAUCCCCGAGAAACAAUCAAUGUCAUUAUAGAGAAUAUCGACUCAAAACCCCAAUCGGAAUACUACCUCCCUUUUGAAUCCCGGUUAAUAUCAAGAGUUGGAGGUUUGGAGGUUAGGGACAAGAAAGAUGUCGCUAAAGGAGCAUUCAAGGUCGAGGUGGUUGGUUUCGACACUGAAAGCCCCACGGAGUUCUACCUAAUCCACCUUCCGGUUCCGCUGGAGCCCAAGCAACAGCAAACCCUGAGCAUUACGUACUCCAUCCUCUCUGCCGUCACACCGGUCCCCGCCCAUAUCGGUCAGAACGACAAGCAAUAUCUACAAUACACCUUCAGCGCGUAUGCACCCUCCGCCUAUGUCACCGAGAACCAGAAGACCAAGAUAAAGUUUCCGAAUACCGACGUACCGGACUAUACAAAGCUUCCUGCGGAAUUGAACUCCGAGAAGCACGCGGAUCCCCAGAAACAAGGAACCACUUUUACCUAUGGCCCCUACGCAUCCGUUCCGGCGGGCGCGGAGCAAUUGGUCAGCGUCCGAUAUGAAUUCACGAAGCCUGUGGCACAUGUAUCACUCCUGGAGCGCGAUAUUGAGGUCUCCCACUGGGGCGGCAACUUGGCGACUGAGGAGCGCUACUGGUUGGAGAAUCGAGGCGCUCACCUGAAGAACCAGUUCUCGCGCGUUGAGUGGCAGAAGAGCUCAUACAUGAACCCAGCCACCUCGGCUCUCAAGGCUCUCAGCCUUCCUCUCCAUCCUGGAGCCGUUGACCCCUAUUUCACGGAUGACAUCGGCAACGUUUCGACUUCCCGGUUCCGUCCCGGAAGGAGAGAAACCGUCCUGGAGGUGAGGCCUCGCUACCCAGUCUUUGGAGGCUGGAAGUACAGCUUCCGGGUUGGAUGGAACGCCGACUUGUCCAGCUAUCUGCGUAAGCUAGCGACUGGCGAGUCUUAUAUCCUCAAAGUCCCGUUCCUGGAAGGUCCUCGCCAGCCUGAAGGUAUUGAAUACGCUCGCGUCAACCUUCGUGUCAUCCUUCCUGAAGGUGCCACCAACGUUAGAUAUGCUACGUCUGUGCCCCUUAUCGACAGCACCACGAGCCUACACAAGACCUUUAUGGACACCCUCGGACGAACAGCAUUGAGCCUCACUGCGAUCAAUGUUGUUGAUGAAUUCAGAGACCGCGACCUGAUUGUCACUUAUGACUACCCUUGGACAGCGGGUCUCCGCAAGCCGCUUGUCAUUACUUUGGGCAUGUUCAGCGUCUUUGUGGCCGUUUGGGUCAUUGGAAACAUAGACACAAGCAUAGGCAAAAAGAAAACAGCGUAA